AUGGUAAAGUCGAUGGAAGAAGAGGCGAUUGUUCAUUUUAUUGGGUUCACCCAAUGUGAACCUGCUAUGGCGAGGAAGUAUCUGAGUAAAAAUCGUUGGAAUAUUAACUAUGCUUUGAACGAUUUCUAUGACUCUGAGUUGGGUGGGUUCACCAAGGAGCACGAACGAUCGAACAGGAGAGCAGUGUAUCCGAAGGAACUAGUUCAGUUGUUCCGGGAUUAUUGCAGUGAAGAUACUUAUAUUGAUUUUCAAGGCAUGAUCAAGCUAAUCAAAGAUUGUGGUUUAGCCAUUGAAGAUUUGGCUACAAUUUGUUUGGCCCAUAUUUUGCAUUGGGAGAAUCUUCAGGAUAAGAUUUAUAGGGACGAUUUUUUACAAUAUUUGUUCGAACAGGGUUGUUGCACCGUGAAUGAUAUCAAAGUUGUUCUGAAGGACUUAAAUGAGAAACUGAAUACUGAUCCGACAUAUUUCACUACAAUUUAUAAUUUUUCUUUUGGUUUGAUACUAGAUGAUGAUACGAGGAAUCAGAGCAUCGAUAUGGAUAUAGCGAUUGAAUAUUGGAAGUUAUUUUUCCUCAAUGAAUCUAUUCAGUCUGUGGAGAUUAGUAAUGAAUUGUUGUCACUAUGGUUUCAAUUUCUAGCGGAUGAAAGGAAAAAACAGGUUUCAAAGGACAUAUGGCAGAUGAUAUUGGAAUUUUUCAGGAAAUUUAAAGACUUGGAAAGCCUCAAAGAAUCGUAUGAUGAAAAUGAUCCAUGGCCCUUUGUGAUUGAUGAGUUCUAUGAAUAUCUUCAAGACACGGGGAAGUUAUAG